UUUUGAAAAAGAGAAAUGGAGCAUAUAUGGAACUGGGAGCAGGGGACACUGGUCAAUGAGCUGAUUCGAGGAAUGGAGUCAGCGGAACAGCUAAGGUUGCAUUUGGAUACAGCGUCUUCUGCUGAAUCCAGGGACUUGCUUGUACAAAAGAUUUUAUCUUCGUAUGAUAAAGCUCUUCUGAUUUUGAAAUUCAAUGGCCCUUUGUCCAUGGAUCAGCAGCAGCCACAACAGUCGCCUCUAUCCAUCGAUGGCGGCUCUCGGAGAGAUGAUUUGGAUAAGGGUAACCAGGAUACUAGAGAAGUCUCACAGAAGAGAAAUAUGUUGCCGAGCUCGACGGGUAAGGUGAGAAUUACUUCCGGAAGCCUGUUGGAAGGGACUCAUGACGAUGGCAACAGUUGGAGAAAAUACGGCCAAAAAGACAUCAUGGGAGCCAAAUAUCCUAGAAGCUAUUACCGAUGCACAUGCCGGCACACGCAGGAUUGCUGGGCAACAAAGCAAGUCCAGAGAUCAAAAGAAGAUCCCACCAUCUUUGAGGUCACUUACAGGGGAGCUCACACAUGUGCCCAAGGAAACCAGGCGGUUCCACCACCUGCAACACCAGAAAGCCAACAACAUAAAUUGACCAAUCUUAAUAACAACAAUAACCAACUAUUGCAAUCGCAAGAUAUCCUCUUGAGUCUUCGAAACUGUCUAAGGGUCAAUACAGAGGGAUUAGACAAUAGACAGAUGGCACCUUUCUCAUUUCCUUCAACACCAUUCGAGUUGCUAAAGAGUGAAAACCAUAGUUUUUCACCUUCAGGAAUACUUGAUAACAACAUCUUAAACAACUUUUCUUCACCUUUUAUGUCCCCUGCUACACCUGAAUUAAACUACUUUUCAGCUCCGCAAUCUUCGGUUAGCAACUUCGGAGGGAUUCUUAAUACACAUAAUUUUGAAUCUGAUCCAAUUAUGGACUUGGAUUUCACGCUCGAUCAAGUGGAGUUCGAUCCAAUUUUCCAAUUUGAUACCCUGGAUUUUUCGACUAAUUCUUUUUCACAAUCAAAAUAAAGAGUAAAGGUAGAUGUAGAACUCGAGUUCGACUGACCAGAUUAGCUGGUUGCAUAUGUUCACUAGCAUUGUUUUUCGCCAGGAGCUAUCGUAAAAUACAAGUCUUUUCCAAUUUCAUGUUGAUUGUAAGACAUUUCUUCUGAUAACAAGAUUUGGUAUUUAUUC